AUGUCUGAAAGCGCGAACGAGGAUUUCGAUAGACAGGGCUUACGUAAGAACAACGAGGAAGAAGAAGAACCUAUCUACGUGGCCGCGAAAGAUAGCGAAGAUGGAGAACUACUGGAAUUACCUUGCAACCCCGACAAAACACUCUCGUUGACAACUCUAUCGCAUUCGUUUCCUGGGGCCACUGGGUUGAAGUUUAAAAAUCCGAAGACGGGAGCUAGUCGGGCUGUUAUGUUGGAUCCAACUGGCUCACUGUUUGUGUGCCCUGCAGGCGGAUGGGAAGAUCGAAUAUUUACGGCAAUUUUUCCACCACGAGUGAGUUCUGGUGUCGAAGCAUCAAAUGUUGGUGUGUCCGGACAAGUCGGGUAUGUCGGAAAAGCCGAAGCAAAGCGACGCAAGGUGAAUCACUCGGAGAGCGACUCGGACCAAGAUGACAUUCUUCCGCGAACCGAUCGCCAAAAAGCGGCCAGCGUCAGCAAACGAGAGCGUCUGUCCAAACCCACCGAUUUACUCAUUCUUGGUCUCCCACCACAGAUUGAGGACGAAACCGUCAGAAAUUACCUCGAAACCUUUGGCCCGGUCAAGUUGCUCAACAUAAAAAAAAAUUCGGAGGGUCAAGGGAAAGGAUUUGGAUUUUGCAUCUUCGAAAAUGUCGAGGAUCAAGAAAAGGUUUUGUAUCAAUCACAUACAAUUGGUGGCAGACUGUGUGAAAUCAAAUUACCGGAUCGUCCAUACACAUCAGAUACGGGAGGUGGUCCUGUUUCAUCGGCAAGGAAAGAACACUCUAACUCAAAGAAGAUUUUCAUUGGGCGUAUUACCGAUAAGAUCACGUCAGAGCGUUUGCGGGAUUUUUUCGCUGAAGAAGUACGGAAAAUAGAUAGUGCAACGACAAUUGAGGAUGUUUACAUUCCGAAGCCGUUUCGCGGUUUUGGAUUCGUUACGCUGUCAAAGUCAGAAGUUGCUAGGAAACUAUGCAAGUUGGAAUCUGUGGUGAUUGAUGGCGUUUCUGUGGCCAUCUCUGAAGCUCUACGUAAGCAAGACGAGAAACCGCAAGAACCCGAAUACAGUCCAUCAUCGUCCGAAUAUCCCCCGCAAUAUCCCUUCACAUAUGGCGGCCAACUCGGCGGAAUGUAUCCUAGUGCUGGAGGAUCUCGGUCAAGUUACAGUCCUGGUCCUCAACCCCAACCGUAUUUUCCCAGGCAUAAAAGGCCCAUGCGCAGCGCUGAUCGGGGAAGCAAUGACUACAAUAGCUGGGGAUAUGGAGGAUAUCCUGGACAAGCACCACCCGGAUCUGCUGGAAUUGAUCCAGCUGGAUGGUAUCCUUAUCAGCCGAGUUCUCACAACAUUGCCUCCGGCGUUGAUGCGAUCAAUUUGAACCGACAAAAUGAUUUCACACCAAGGCGAUACCCA